AUGAAAGAAGAAUAUUUUGCAGAGGAUCCCAAGUUUUUCAAUAAAAAAUUAAGACCAAAAAAUUUGGAUGAAAUUUUAAAAUUUUUAAAAGAAAAGUUCAUAUUAAAUGAUGAAGAUAAAAUAGUAUUGAUUACAUCAGGUGGUACUAAAGUACCACUAGAAAAAAUCGAGAUAAGAAAUAUUGAUAAUUUUUCUACUGGUAAAAGAGGAACAUUAAUAUGUGAAUAUUUUUUGAAAAUAAAUAAGAAAGUAAUAUUUUUACAUAGAAAAGGUUCAUAUAUACCUUUUGAAUAUCAUUUAAAAGAUUUAGCAAAAAUGGAAAAUUUAAAAGUUGAAGAAAAUAAUAUUAGAUUUAAUUUAAAAAAAGAAAAUGAAACAAAUAUUUUAAUAGAUAAUUUGCAAAAUUAUAAAAUGUAUUAUAAUAACCUUCUUCUAAUUUCAUAUGAUACUAUAUUUGAAUAUGGUUUUUAUUUAAUCGAAAUUAGUAAUUUAUUAAAUCAACAUAUGAUAAACAAAUAUCAAAAUACUUUUUUAUUAAAAAAUAUAUAUCAUAAAUUAAAACAAGAACAAAAUAUAAAUAAUUUAUUAUUAUAUGAAAUUUUUUAUUCAACAAAUAAUAUAUUAAAUGAUAUGCUAUUAUUUUUUUCGUCUAUACAAAAUAAGAAAUGUUCUGAAAUUAUUACACAUCAAAAUCAAUCUUACAAAUUAUAUUAUAAAUUAUUGUUAUUCUUAAACUUGCGUUUUGAUGUAUAUUCAAAUAACCAAUUUUUUAUAAACUUACAACUAUUUUUUAAAUAUAUUUUUUCUUUAUUAAGUAAUAUUAUACAAAUGAAAGAAAACUAUAAUAUACAACAGGAGGAUAUACAAAAUAUAGUUUAUUAUAUACAAUUGCUUAUAAAAAAUUUUAACUCGGAAGUACUUCAUGAUAAUAUAAAAGAAGAAGAAAUGGUACAAAAUAAUAUGAACAGUAAUAAUAUAAAUGAACAAAUGAACCAAAAUAAUAUGAGCAGUAAUAAAAUAAAUGAAGAAAUGGUACAAAAUAAUAUGAACAGUAAUAAUAUAAAUGAACAAAUGAACCAAAAUAAUAUGAGCAGUAAUAAAAUAAAUGAAGAAAUGGUACAAAAUAAUAUGAACAGUAAUAAUAUAAAUGAACAAAUGAACCAAAAUAAUAUGAGCAGUAAUAAAAUAAAUGAAGAAAUGGUACAAAAUAAUAUGAACAGUAAUAAUAUAAAUGGAGAAAUGGUACAAAAUAAUAUGAACAGUAAUAAAAUAAAUGAACAAAUGAACCAAAAUAAUAUGAACAGUAAUAAAAUAAAUGAAGAAAUGGUACAAAAUAAUAUAAAAAAUAUCCACAAUAUUAAUCAUUGUGAUGAUAAUAAAAUAAACAACGCAGAUAAUAAUUUAUCAAAUACAGAUACAUAUAAGUUACAUAAUAACAAUCUUACACAUAAUGAUUAUCAUUUAAAUAAUUUUUCAUUUAAUAUAAAUAAAUAUAUUAAUGAAGAAAAAGGGAAAAAUAAAAAAACAAAUCAACAUAUAUCAGAACAAUUUUUAUUUCCUACACAUUUGGUUAUAAUGUGUGCUGCAGCUAGCGAUUUUUAUAUUCCAUAUGAUGAAAUGCAUGAAAAUAAAAUUGAUAGUAAUUAUUCACCUCUUUGUAUUCAAUUAUGUUUAACUCCUAAAUUUUAUAAAAUCAUAAAUUCACAUUUUCCUCUUCUAAAAUAUUGUAUAUUCAAAUUAGAAGAUGAAGAAAAAAUACUUAUUGAUAAAUCAAAUGAACGAAUUAAAUAUACAGAUUUAUUAAUAGCUAAUUUAUUAACACAAAGAUAUGAUUAUGUGUAUAUUUUUAAAAAGCAAUUUGAAUAUAUCCUUUUGAAAAAAUCAAAUACUGAACAAAUCGAAAAUGAUAUAUGUUAUGAGAUAUGUAAGCAUUUUUCAAUCUUAUGA